AUGAUGACACCUGUGGAGAUCAUUGGGCUUGUCAGCGCAGUCAUCACAUUCAUCGACUUCGCUGCCGAGAACAUCGCGAUUGCUCAAGAGAUUAGCAAGUCUGGCGCUGCUGCAACAAAGGAGAAUGCUGAGUUGGAGAACCGGAUCAACCUGCUCCAAAAGCAGGUUGACAACGUGCGCCAAACCACAAAGGGAUCUCCCAGCGACACUCACGAAGUUGAAUUGUUGAAUCUUACGGACGAAUACAAAGACCUUGCGAUCAGACUGCUUGCUUUGCUGGGUGGACUGAAGUCAACCAAGAAACGACACGUCGUCUAG